CCUAUUGGACACACCCCUCUGAGUCCCCUUGGGCUGGGAAAAAGGGAAGCGUUUGCACUGUUUCUCUCUUUCAAUUGCAUCAAGUGUAGUGUGCAGACGAAGCUUGGGCUGGUAGUGUUGUGUUGGUGCUCAGUGUCGAAGGACUUUUACAGUCACAAGCCCUUCCUUCCUGAAAUCUCUUGAACACAGGCUUUUCGUUUGAGAAGCCAAGAGGGAUCCCAGUUUUAUUUAAGCCCCUGCAGAGAGAGGAUCGUGUAGAUUUUCACCUUUCGAAUGAUAACAGGAGAAGAAUCGGCUUCACAAUGGGACCUCUAGUACUUUUAGUUAUACUUUCUAUUAGCACAUUAACUCUUGGCUUUGGGUAUGAUACUGAUGAGGAUUACCUCUGGCACUUACAGAAAGCACCAGUAGUACUCGAUAGACGAACCAUAGCCAUAGAAAGUCCACAAUUCAAAGCCGAAUCCAAACUGUCGAUAAACUCAACGUGUGGAAUUGAUUGUCAAAAGAGAUUACCUGUGCCCAAUGUGUUUGACCUUCAGAAUUACCUUUCAUAUGAAACCGUUUAUGAAAACGGUACACGUACGUUGACCGAGGUAGAUGUCAGAAACUUUGACCUGAAAGCUGAAUAUGGGGUUACUAAGACAGCAGGCCAUUCUAGGAGGAAGAGGGAAGUCUAUGGGUUGGACAGUAGAUUUACCAUUAGUAACAAGAACUUCAUGACCAGAUACCCUUUUAGUACAGCAGUGAAGAUCUCCACAGGCUGUACUGGAAUUCUAGUGUCACGCAAGCAUGUGCUAACAGCAGCUCACUGCAUACAUGAUGGUAAAGACUAUGUGAAAGGUGCCAAGAGGCUACGGGUAGGAUUUUUGAAACUGAGAUCAAAAGGAGGAAGAAGAAAAGGAUUGAAGAGGAAUAAAUUGGGAACAAAGGACAAGCCAGCUUUCCAGUGGUCCAGAGUAACACGCACCCAGGUACCAAAGGGCUGGUUCAAAGGUGUGACUGAUGACAUUGCUGUGGAUUAUGAUUAUGCUGUCCUUGAACUAAGGAGAGCUCACAAACAAAAGUACAUGGAUAUAGGAAUUAGUCCACCUGUCAACAAGAUGCCAAGCAAUCGGAUUCACUUUUCAGGUUUCGACAAUGACCGACCAGGUCUGUUGGUAUAUCGUUUCUGCACUGUGUCUGAUGAAUCUAAUGAUUUGUUCUAUCAGUAUUGUGAUGCUGAGCCUGGAUCAAGUGGCUCAGGAGUCUAUAUUCGCCUCAAGGAUCCAGACAAGAGGAAGUGGAAACGCAAGAUCAUUGGGGUCUUUUCUGGGCACCAAUGGGUCGAUGUCAAGGGUGCUCAACAGGAUUAUAACGUAGCUGUACGCAUUACUCCACUGAAAUAUGCACAGAUAUGUUUCUGGGUACAUGGAAACUAUGCUGAUUGCAAAGAUGGUUGAACAAAUCGGACAACAACAGCACCUGUGUUUGCAUCUAUGUACUUGUGUGCAGACAUGGGAUUACAUACACAGUGGGAUGAUAAUGGUGCUUCCUCUGCACAUUGAAUAAAAGAUAUGUGCAAUUUCAUCUCGAUCAAAAUAAUCUGUUCAGGGUGCUCUAAUUUACGAAUAUAAAAUGUAAAAUUAAGGGGAACCUAUCAGAGUAUACUGUUAACUGGGCAAUAUUACUGUUCAAUUUGUUUAGUUAUGCAGUAUCAAAUUUGCUAUGAUAAUUAAUCUGAGGGAACAAUUUAUGCAACGUUCGUUAAUUAACUCAGCAUGUAUUCUACUUAACAAGUGUGGAAAAUGUGUGCAUUAGAUUGAGCAUGUUUGCUUGAUUUUCCUUUUAAAGUUCAAUUUUCAAGGGGUUAAAAACUCCUUUGGACUAGUGAAACUAGUGGGUAACCUUGCAAAUAUGAAAGAGCUUAACUCCGUCAGAUGUGAACAGUAUAAUUGCAUAGCUAGCCAGCAUCAUCCAGGAACAGAUAUCAUCCACACUAAAACCUAAAGACAAGUUUUAUAUGAUUAGGUCCUAUGUUGAAAAAUGUUCGACCUCUAUUAUUUUCUACAUGUUUUUCUACAUUUUGAAAUAUUGCAUUAUAUUUCAUUCAUUUGGCUACCCGAGGUUUCUGCAACGUUAUAUAGUACAAUGGGAUAAAGCAUGCGGCAGUCUCUUAAUUCAUUCUUUGUAUAAAUUUGCAUUAGGAAUAGUUAAGAUGCUAGUACACAUUCUAACCCAGGGUUUCAAUUCCGGCUUCAAUAUAAGAGAAAUGCCCUACAUAACCUGAAGAUCUGGGACACUAAUCUGUCAUCUUGUAUUUGCUUUUUUCUUCGCACAAUUUCUAACCAGUUUAGGUUGGCAAGCUGGCGCUUUUAGUAACCAGAGACCAUCAUUUCUGCCUCCAUUUUUGCACGAAAAAGACAAAAAAAGUAAAAAAAAGCUUAUUUAUUUUCUCAGCAUUUGCUUCACUUUAGGUGAAGUUUCCCAUGCCCAAUUAUGUAUCCUAUGAGCUAAUGCAACUUUAUAUAUUCUAUUAAGUGCAUGUAAAAAACAAGACAAGCAACAUAGGAGUGCCAAUAUUCUGAAAUUUAACAACUUCAGAUCCCCAUUCACUUAGAUAUGCAAUUCAAUGAUUCCUUUGUAGUAAAUCAGUAUUCAUUAUUUAUCCUGUAUACUUAGCCAUUACAGUGCCCGGAGAGGUUAAGUUCCUGGAGAUGCUUACUAAAAAUUCGCCAGUUUUCUUAUUUUAAAAGGGGGUAGGGAAGGGGAGGUAGGUUUUUCUAGAUUCAAAUUUCUAAGCAACCACAUUUAUUACAGUUCAAAAUUCUUCUCAUGUCAAAAUAUAUUAUGUUAUCAACGAACACAAGGCAUUUUAAUUGAAUCUGAUAAUGGUUGAUUGUAUGGAAAAAGUUGUCAUUUUCCAUUCCUUUUUAUUGAUGAUUGACCAUUACUGAAACUGUAACUUCAUAAUGAGUGCCCUUCACAUUCCAUCUCCUCCACAAGGAGUUCAGACAUUCUGCAGAACUCCGGAAAUUGACUGAAAGAAUGAACUUUAGCAAUACAGCAAUUGUGUGAAGAUAAAGAAAGUAAUAAGGGUUGCAGUUUCUGUUACACAUGAUCAUAGAUUUAGACACAAUCCUUUUGUUCUUGUGUCCCCCCAAAGGUUAUUGAAUAUAUAGAUAUGAACAUGAUAGGUAUAACAAGGAAAAUAAAUAAACUUGGGCCUCGUUCACUCAUAGAUCCAGGUUCCGUGCACCUUUUCUUCAUUCCCAUCUGUCCCAAAGCACAAAGAAUUCAAAUGGAACAUGAAAUUCCUUAAAAAAUAUAUAGGCUUUAUGGACAUGUAUAACUGACUUAAAGCAGGUUUUUGUACUCUGAAGAAUUUUUGUGAAAGUAAGUUGUGAGAGGCUUCUUUAAUUCAGUUACUUUUAGGAUAUCACUAGGAUUACAAUUAUAGCAAUUACAGCAAUUACAGGAUAGAAGGAGGCCAUUCAGCUCAUUAGACCUAUGCAGGUGCAAGAUCCUUCACUGGAACUAACUGCUCUAAUCCUAAAUUCCUGCUAUUUCCUGUAUACUUUUAUAUUCUUCUGAAAAUGUUAUCCAGAGAUGAAUCCUUAUCAUGCCAGAAUCACCAUUUUUUAUACUAACAGGAUGCAGUUCCCAUUUAUAUAGCACAGUAACAUAGUUAACAUUGUCUCCGUCUUGCCUUGAAAAAAAAGCACAAAAGGCCAACGUUUUUCUAUUUGGUGUGGCAGCAGAGAUAGGAGUUAGAAAUUUAGUGGCAAAUGCAAAGUUACCAAUGAGCAGUCCUUUAAAGUGCAUUGCAGAAUCUUUCCUAAAUAAAAUUGAAACAUGGAUUGGUGCGCCAAUAGUUCUUUGUGUUAUUUAAUGUGCUGUCACAUGUAGUACAUACAGAUUCAGUACAAGAGAAAAUGGUGCCAUGUAAAUGAAAUUGUUUAGGAAGGUUCUGCCGCUUCAAGUGCACUGGUGCUAUUUUUGAUACGCUCACUGUCUAUGCAUGUUAAGUAAUAUUCAUAUAUCAGAACUCUAAAGAUAGAAUAGGGGAAUUAAUUAGCUAUACAUUGUAAAGUGGUUUGACUGCACUUAGAUCAAACCUUUCUCUUUUUUCAAAUUAAAAUGGAAUUGUGUUUGAAUGAAACACGGCAACUUGGUAAGAAAAUCUGAGCAAUGCUUUGACAAGCAGUGAAUGGUGAUGUUGCUGAGAAUCACAGCAUAAUACCUUAUCCUAUGCGUAACGUAAUCUAAGGUGUCUGCUUGGAAGGGAAGGGGCAUCACCAUGAAAAAUAAGUCAUCAGUGUGAUGGUAUGUUUAUGGGACCUACAAAGGCCAUAUGCACUAGUAAUAACAUGUGGAAGACAAUAUUACUGGAUUGCACAGAAGGGAGUACCCACACUACAAACCAAAUUUAUUUUUUAAUAAAUUAAUCUUGAUGAAAAUAAAGUUAUACAGUAAACGUUGCUGAUGUUCGCCAUCACUUCAAAUAUUAUCUCCCUUCCUCAAUAGCAUAACAUUACACAACUCAUGGAACCAAACUGACCCUAACAUAUGGCUUCUAUGUGAAUAUAUUCUGGUUCAAGAUAGUGACAUGUGACUGCCAAUGGUCAUCAAGCAAAAGAAUCGUACAAGGGGAAAAAAAGUGAGAGCUGAUCAUUUAUUUCGCUUCAGCUGGAACACUGUUUGCUUUGCAGAUUUGUUUGUUUGUGUUUUUAAGGUUAUCAUGAAAUGCAUGUUUGGAAAGUGAAGUAUCUGUAGAUUCAUUGAGCUGUUGUAUACUGUAAGACAUGAUCUACACCCUUGAACCUCACUGUAUAUUCAGCAGAAAAAUACAGGCCUUUUCUGUG